GGCUGCCUCACAUUCAACAGGAGUCACGCGCACAAACAAACUUUGUGGCAGAAGUGAAAAAGCACGUUUCCGGUCAUAGCCUUCAAAAUAAAAGCCCACCUUAUAACCAGCGCAGAAAGUACGAACGGCAGCGCGUGAGCAGGUUCUGAAAGUCCAGUUUGACGUUGGAAACACGAGUUUAACAGAAGAAGACUCUCUAGAGUCUUACCAGCCUGUUCCGGAGCUUUUGAACCGCGUGUCACGGUCUUCUUCGCUAACCUUCUGAAUCCCUGGAUGUUCCGUCUACGUGUGCAGCUGCUCUUAUUUUUUAUAAAGGACAGGAGUCUCCUGACUUCCUGUUAUGUCUGGCUGUCUGCCCCCCCCCCUUCAGACUCGGUGUGCAGACGGACCCGGUCAGGAUCAGACGGAGGACGCAGGACCACAGACAGCCGGUCUCACCGUGACAGGCAGCGGAUCCCAGCCGAGCGGAGAGAGCAGAGUCCCGGUGACCAUGUCGGUGCUGGGCCCGCCCCCCAGCAGCAGCAGCGCCGACGCCUGCCUCAGCAUCGUCCACAGCCUGAUGUGCCACCGGCAGGGUGCCGAGAACGAGGGCUUCGCCAAACGGGCCAUCGAGAGUCUGGUGAAGAAGCUGAAGGAGAAGAAGGACGAGCUGGACUCGCUCAUCACCGCCGUCACCACCAACGGCGUCCACCCCAGCAAGUGCGUCACCAUCCAGAGGACGCUGGACGGACGGCUGCAGGUGGCGGGUAGGAAAGGUUUCCCUCAUGUGAUCUACGCCCGUCUGUGGCGUUGGCCUGAUCUCCAUAAGAACGAGCUGAAACACGUGAAGUUUUGUCAGUUUGCCUUCGACUUGAAGUACGACAGCGUGUGCGUGAACCCCUACCACUACGAGAGGGUGGCGUCUCCCGCCACCACAGGUCCUCAGUCUCUGAUAAGGAGGAUUCAUACAGGACUGUCUGCAGAUCGACCUGCCCCCCACGCUGAACCCUACAACCAGCCCCGCCCUGUCAGCACGUAUCCCAGCAUGCUCCUCUCUCCUCCAGGCAGCAGCUCCAUGGCGGCGGCCGCUCUGGCAGCUGGCGGCGUUGGCUGCAGGAGGAGCGGUGGUGAGGGCCGCGGCCUCCUUCAGAUCGCCCUGCCUCAGAACCACGGGGGCCGCGCCUCCCCGCCUCACCCUAACCCCUCUCACACGCCCCGGCCUCCUCACCCGCCCACCCCGACCUCCCCACAUCAACAGAGCCCCGAGUACAGCAGCCCCCCCAAAACUGCCACCUGGCCAGGUAACAGCCCCGCCCCUUACAGCCCUGCAGGACCUCAACAGAGUGGGCGGAGCCACCAGCAGCCUCCAUUACAUCAUCACAACGCCCCCAACACUCACUUCUGGUCACAGCAUCACAGUACUGCUCCAUAUCCACAACCAGUGUCCAACCACCCAGGUAACUCCUGUUGUCCCAGGUGUCCUCCCUCGCUCUGUUUCACUGUCUCACUCUGUCCCCUG